GCCGGUACGUACAGCCUGGAUUCGAGGCUAGGCUAGAAUAUCUGAGUACCAACAAUUUUUCUAUGGCGUUUGUAUACAGAUCUACUACUAUCAGCAAAGUCUGUAUACAUGCUGUUGAGGGCUUAAAACACUGCUGUAGAUUUUUAAGCACUGCUGAAAAUAAAUCUACUCUUCCUCUGAGUGGAAUCAGGGUAUUGGAUUUCACAAGGAUUCUUGCGGGUCCUUUCUGCACUAUGCUCCUCGGAGAUUUAGGUGCGGAAGUUAUCAAGGUUGAGAGGCUAGAGUGCCGGCAUGGAGACUAUAAUAAUUGCUUAACUGGCGAUGAUACUAGAACGUGGGGACCACCAUUUGCAAACUCAGAGAGUACAUAUUUUCUGUCUAUCAAUCGCAACAAAAAGAGUGUAGCACUUGACAUUAAAAGUGAUGGUGGGAAAGAGAUUAUCCGACAGCUAGCAUCCACGAGUGAUGUGUUAGUGGAAAAUUUUGUUCCUGGGACAUUGGAUCGACAAGGACUAGGCUAUGAAGAUUUAAGUGCUGUCAACAAGAAGCUCAUCUUUUGCUCCAUCACAGGAUUUGGAAGCACUGGGCCUUAUGCUAGUAGAGCUGGCUAUGAUGUAAUUGCUUCUGGUGUUGGUGGACUCAUGCACAUAACGGGAUCAAAAGAUGGUGAACCUGUUAAAACCGGUGUAGCUCUGACUGAUCUUUCUACUGGGCUAUAUGCACACAGUGCCAUUUUAGCUGCACUAUUGCAGAGGCGUCAAACACACCAGGGACAAUGGAUACAGUGCAAUCUUUUGUCAACUCAGGUUUCUUUACUCACUCACAUUGCUAGUAAUUAUCUUAAUUCCAACGUGGAGGCCACUAGAAUUGGAAGUGCUCAUGCAAGUAUCGUUCCUUAUCAGGCAUUUGAGACUAGCGAUGGUUGGCUAGUGGUUGGUGCUGGCAAUGAUAAACUGUUCGCUAACUUGUGUAAAAGCAUUGGACAUGCUCAAUUAUCAUCAGAUGAGCGAUUCUGUAGUAACCACUGCAGAGUUAACAAUAGAAAAAUUCUGGUUGAACUCUUGUCAGAAAUAUUCCGACCUGAGCCAACUAGUCACUGGCUGCAAGUGUUAGAAGGUUCUGGCAUUGCAUACGGCCCCAUUAAUGAUCUUCCACAGGUUUUCUCUGAUCCUCAGGUGCGACAUAUGGAAGCUGUCCAGACUGUUCAACAUAGAGCUGCUGGAGAAAUAAAACUCUUGAGCCCAGCAGUGAAGUACAGUGGUUUCUGUUCUGGUAAGAUGACAGCUCCUCCAGUGCUAGGUGAACAUACGGUCAGUGUUUUACGAGAUAUUCUGAACUAUGGACCAGAGCAGAUUGAAGAACUAAAAGACUCUGGUUGCAUAUCUGAGCUGAAGCACUAGAAGACUCUGGUUGCAUUUUAAUAAUAAUUUUACAAUCAAACACUUGUGCUAAUUGCCCUGCGGCAUAUUUUUUUGUUCGAAAAGUUAUAAUUAUGGACAGAUCGAA